AUGUCAAUUUCUACGGUCUUUUUCCACCAGGUGAAUUCUCUGAAACUGUCUCCAAAAGCCAACAACUGGCCCUACCAUCAUCCAGCCUCAGUAUACGCGUCCAACGUGGCAAGAAAGUCUUCCCUUAACUGCGGUGAAUCCAGACUGCUUCCGAGUAGGAUGAUGGCUCAGGCUGUUGAUGACUAUGAGUUCAACACAACAGACAGCUCGGGCUUCUCUGAGCCCACAUCUAUUGGUAUGACUUCGUCACAAUGUGAUGAUAGUCAGUCUUCCACAUACAGCCAGUCUCCCGCAUACCCUCAGCCCAUUUACGGCUCCUCUAACAACCUUUUCGAGUACGCAAAUCCAACGUGGAGUCCAAAAGGGUGGGACUCUGCACUGGGCCUAAGCAGACCUAGUCAUGGCACGAUCUAUCCUGACCCUGAGACAGCCUCCACAAUGGCUCAGUCUGCAUUCUCGUAUCUCAUUCCGAGCCACAGUCUUUCAUCUUCAGAGGCUCCGCUGCCUAUCGCUGGACCAGUUUCCGAGAGUUCUCUGGACUUUUCUGCACAAGACAGAAUCCUCCCAACCCCAACAUGUCGCAGUCAACAAAUCUCAAAUGGACUACCUGUAUUGAACUUCCCUCUGGCGGAGCUGACGUCCAGCUCCUCUGUUCCUUUGGAAGCUAGAACGACUUACUGGAGUGCGCGCCCAGGGAUGAGCCAGGGUUCUUGCAGUCCUGACAGCUCUCCAUCAAGCAACGUCCUAUUCAACAACAGUGUUUCCUCAGUUUCGAGUGGCCCAGAAACCACCUUGGCCACCAUGUUCUCAAGCCUCCCAAUACCGACCACGGCAGAGGAGGCCAUCGCCUCCACCAUGGCCCUUCCCACAGCAGCAUCCACAAGCAUGUCAGGGUCUUCCUACCCUACUCAGACUCUUGAAGCAACCACAGGUGGCCGCACAGUUCUACCACCAGGCACAUGGGCUGGUCAGGUACUGUCUACCUAUACCGAGUCCUCCUCCAGCCAUGAGUCUUAUCCAGAAGAGAGCCUUACAACCCAGCGCAUGACCGAAAUGACAGGAAACAACACUUCAAGUCUCUUCUACUCCACGAUCGACAAAUGCAGUCGCAUUGGUGACACCCGCACCGCAAUGACCCCCUCGUUGAAUGGCGGUCUUGGGUAUUCUUCAGUUCGCCCCUCGCAUCUUUCCAAUCCAUCCUACACUGUGGGAUUGGUUGGUAGUGAAAUGCCUGAGUACCACCAUGCGGUCAUGGAGGGUAUUCGUCGAGCCUCUGUUUCGCCUCUGAGUGGUCAAGGUGAUUUCUAA